UUGAUUCCAACUGAACUGAUUCAUUCCAGCCGAACAGUAACUUGGAAUAGCCAAAAGACACGUGUAUCCUCUGAUAUUGAUUUAAAACUCCCUUCACCCCUCCAAUCGAUUUCUCAACUCUCUCUGCAACUUAACCAAUUUCAUGGAACCCUCUCCUGAUUCCGACGACACCUCCGCCGUUGAACCUUAUCCUAAGAGGCACAGAUUAAACUACUACCACCACCACUCCGAUCAUCAUCAUCAUUUUCAAUCUACCAACCGAUGGAGAACGCACACCCACCAACAGAUCUACUCCUCCAAGCUUCUCCAAGCUAUUCGCCACGUUCGUCGCUCUAACGCCGGACGAAGCCGAGAAUUCCGCGAAAUUGCUGACCGAAUCUUGGCUGUCUCUGCCAAGGGGAUGACGCGGUGGAGCCGUGCGAUUCUGGCCACUCCGCUUUAUUCGAGACUUAAAAAACGCCACUUUAAAGUCAAAACCGGUUGCAGCCGGUUGAAACGGAAGGCCAAAGAAUUGAAUAAGCGACCGAGCAGGAACAGCAAGUUACCAGCUUUUGAAAAAAAAUUGAGUGUUCUUAGCCGGUUGAUUCCCGGUUGCCGUAAGAUAUCGUGCUUGAAUCUUCUAGGAGAAGCCACUGAUUACAUAGCAGCACUGGAGAUGCAGGUCCGAGCCAUGACGGCUCUCACUGAGAUUCUCGCCGACGCUCCGCCGGUCGACAAUCGGAUCGGGUCAGACUUGACCUUGUAAAAAACAAAAUUGCCGCGGCUUCCCCUGUCAGGUGUCAUUAUUUUUUAAAUUUAUUUCAACUUUUUUAAUGAGAUAUUUAAACUGGUGCAUGUUAUUGUGUA